AUGGCGUUCCGAGUGUGGACCGUGGGGUACACGAUGAGCGAAACCCUUGGUGAAUGCCGAUUGGUGAGCGCCAUGAAUAUACAGGCGGACUUCGACUCAAACUCGGCUCCAACUUGUAACAUGAUUUUGGCUUGGGAUGCUCGGGAGUUGGCAAGACAGCCAACCACAGACACGGCAAUUUCAGCCGGUGAAUCCCAGGGUAGCAUCAUCGCGCAGGAUAGCGCUUGUGCACCAGGGACUUGA